CGCCCGCGGAGGAGGAGGAGGAGGAGGAGAUGCCCGAGCUGUCCGACAGCGAGGAGGCCUGGCAGGAGGAGGAGGAGGAAGGCGCCGCAGCCCAGGCCCUGCGGGCUCGCUGCCUGUUCUGCGACAGUUUGUUUAGUUCUGCUGAAGAUGUUUUCUCCCACUGCAAGGCAGAGCAUCAGUUCAACAUCUGUGAUGUGAUUAGGAAGUAUGGACUUGAGUUUUAUGGAUACAUUAAGUUAAUAAACUUUGUUAGGCUAAAGAAACCAACACCAGCAUAUUUGAGUUCACUUAACUGCCCACUGCCUUGGGAAGGAGAGGAAUAUUUGAAACCAGAGCAAAAAGAUGACCUUCUACUUCAGUUUGACAUUGAAGACCUUUGUGAACCUGCAGAUGUUUUGCCCUCUAAUGGUUUAAAUGAUACUAUGAUGCUUCUUGAACAAUUAAAGCGGGCAGAACACAGAGCAAGACUUGCAGAAGCAGCCUUGGCUAGAGCACAAGAUGAUCUUCAAAAAAUGAAACAAUUUGCACAGGAUUUUGUGAUGAACGCAGAUGUCAGGAGCAGCUCGUCAUCCAGCGCCAUUGCAGACCUGCAGGAGGAUGAGGAUGGUGUUUACUUCAGCUCCUAUGGGCAUUAUGGGAUACACGAAGAGAUGCUAAAGGAUAAAGUGCGUACAGAAAGCUAUCGUAACUUCAUCUAUCAAAACCCACAUAUCUUUGAGGACAAGGUGGUUUUGGAUGUUGGCUGUGGAACUGGAAUACUCUCCAUGUUUGCUGCCAAAGCAGGUGCAAAGAAGGUGAUUGGAGUUGACCAGUCUGAGAUUGUCUUUCAGGCUAUGGACAUCAUUCGAUUAAAUAAACUUGAAAAUAUCAUUACAUUAGUCAAAGGAAGAAUUGAAGAAGUAGAUCUGCCUUUGGAAAAAGUGGAUGUAAUAAUAUCUGAAUGGAUGGGUUAUUUCCUUCUCUUUGAGUCAAUGCUGGAUUCUGUCAUCUAUGCAAAGGACAAGUACCUGGCAGAGGGAGGCUCAGUUUAUCCUGACAUUUGCACCAUUAGUCUAGUAGCUGUUGGGGAUAUGAACAAACAUGUGGAGAAGCUACUUUUCUGGGAAGACGUAUAUGGCUUUGACAUGUCUUGCAUGAAGAAGACUGUGAUUCCAGAAGCUGUUGUGGAGGUGCUGGAUCCAAACACACUGAUAUCUACAGCCAGUGUCAUUAAGCAAAUCAACUGUAAUACUGCAUCCACUCCUGACUUAGAAUUCUCUUCAGAUUUCACCCUGGCCAUUACAAGGAGCACAAUGUGCACGGCAAUUGCUGGUUAUUUUGAUAUAUUUUUUGAGAAGAACUGUCACAAUAAGGUCUUGUUUUCAACUGGUCCCCAGUGUAGCAAAACACACUGGAAACAGACAGUUUUUCUCCUGGAGAAACCAUUUCCUGUAGAAGCAGGAGAGGCCCUGAGAGGGAAGGUCACAGUCCGCAAAAACAGGAAGGAUCCACGGUCCCUCUUCAUAACCCUGUCAGUGAAGGACACUCAGCAGACCUACAGCCUUCAGUGAAGACUCUGUGCAUGUGGCUUUGGGAAAUGUAAAUGUUAGAUUUAACUGUUGAUAACUCUUUCUAAAUAUCUACAAAUGGUCAGCUCUGGUAUUUUUGUACAUAUAUGCACACACCAUGUGAAGAGUUGACCUAGAACUGAGAGUGUUUGAAUGCUUUAGCACUGGGACAUGAAGACUGAUGACAAAAUCAGUUUCUACUGUUUUUCACAUGAUGUGGGAAAGGAAAGAAAGAUGGUUUGGAGUUACUUGAGGUUUGCUAGGUGAGAAAAAUCAGAGGAAAGUCUUGCUGUGAGGAACAAAAAACAAGAUCUCUGAAUAUUGUUUUGUCUUCAGCUGGAAAAAUCCUUGUGCCUUUUUUAUUUUUUAGGGAAGAAGCAGCUAAAUCAUGGGCUAGUGCCCCUCAGUAGGAGCUGGAAAAUCCCAGUUGGAACGAGCUUGGAAUUCCAAUUGCAGGAUUGCAACAACCAAGACUUUAUUUUUAUUACAGUUCUGUAACUAAAAUUUUGUAUCACGUUUUGGUUACAUUUAUCAAAAUAAAUGAACCGAGUAAGUUAUAUAA